UUGAACAGUCGAGAGGCUUAUUAUGAAGGAAGAUAGGAAGAUAAGAAUGACUGAAACAAAUGUACUGGAUUACUUGGAUAACAGGGCUAUUGAAACAGUUGAAAAUGAAGAUCAUAAUCAACUAGUAGAACAAAAAGGAGUCACACCUCGAGCAGUAAACACAACCACAACUAGUGGAAGAUGGUCACCUAAUCUUUCUAAAACUACAACUGGUGAUAAGAAUACAUUGCCACCAAAUAUACUGGAUGUAUUGUAUGAAAUGUAUCUCAAAACACUUGAGAAAAAAGAUCUUAAUCCAAUAGUCCAGCAAAAAGGAGUUACACCUCUGACAGUACACAUGAGGACAAAUGGUGAUAGUGGGAGAAGAAUGCCACCAAAUGUAUUGGAUUUCUUGGAUAAUAGGGAUAUUAAAACAGUUGAAAAUGAAGAUCUUAAUCAACCAGCAGAACAAAAAGAAGUCACAUCUCAGUCGGUAAACACAAGCACAGCUAGUGAUAGUGGAAGAUGGUCACCUAAUCUUUCUAAAACUACAACUGGUGAUAAGAAUACAUUGCCACCAAAUAUACUGGAUGUAAUGCAUGAAAUGUAUCUCAAAACACUUGAGAAUAAAGAUCUUAAUCCAACAGUCCAGCAAAAAGGAGUUACACCUCUGACAGUAAACAUGACGACAGAUGGUGAUAGUGAGAGAAGAAUGCCAUCAAAUGUAUUGAAUUUCUUGGAUAAUAGGGAUAUUAAAACAGUUGAAAACGAAGAUCUUAAUCAACCAGCAGAACAAAAAGAAGUCACAUCUCAGUCGGUAAACACAAGCACAGCUAGUGAUAGUGGAAGAUGGUCACCUAAUCUUUCUAAAACUACAACUGGUGAUAAGAAUACAUUGCCACCAAAUAUACUGGAUGUAAUGCAUGAAAUGUAUCUCAAAACACUUGAGAAUAAAGAUCUUAAUCCAACAGUCCAGCAAAAAGGAGUUACACCUCUGACAGUAAACAUGACGACAGAUGGUGAUAGUGAGAGAAGAAUGCCAUCAAAUGUAUUGGAUUUCUUGGAUAAUAGGGAUAUUAAAACAGUUGAAAACGAAGAUCUUAAUCAACCACCAGAACAAAAAGAAGUCACAUCUCAGUUGGUAAACACAAGCACAGCUAGUGAUAGUGGAAGAUGGUCACCUAAUCUUUCUAAAACUACAACUGGUGAUAAGAAUACAUUGCCACCAAAUAUACUGGAUGUAAUGCAUGAAAUGUAUCUCAAAACACUUGAGAAUAAAGAUCUUAAUCCAACAGUCCAGCAGAAAGGAGUUACACCUCUGACAGUAAACAUGACGACAGAUGGUGAUAGUGAGAGAAGAAUGCCAUCAAAUGUAUUGAAUUUCUUGGAUAAUAGGGAUAUUAAAACAGUUGAAAACGAAGAUCUUAAUCAACCAGCAGAACAAAAAGAAGUCACAUCUCAGUCGGUAAACACAAGCACAGCUAGUGAUAGUGGAAGAUGGUCACCUAAUCUUUCUAAAACUACAACUGGUGAUAAGAAUACAUUGCCACCAAAUAUACUGGAUGUAAUGCAUGAAAUGUAUCUCAAAACACUUGAGAAUAAAGAUCUUAAUCCAACAGUGCAGCAAAAAGGAAUUACACCUCUGACAGUAAACAUGACGACAGAUGGUGAUAGUGAGAGAAGAAUGCCAUCAAAUGUAUUGGAUUUGUUGGAUAAUAGGGAUAUUAAAACAGUUGAAAGUGAAGGUCUUAAUCAACCAGUAGAACAAAAGGAAGCCGCAACCCAGACAGUAAACACAGAUAGUGAUACUGAUUCUCACACUGCAGACCUAUCCAAAAUCAAAAAUCUAGAUACAAAUGCCUGUGAUGAAGAGGGUUGGUAUAUAGUUUCAGAAUCAGACUAUUGCUAAAAAUCUCAGCUGAAAGAAGUUAUCAAUGAUGGAGAUCCUACUUAAACUCCAAAAGAUUGUGACAAUAUUAACUUUCCAAUGGUUUGGAUUACAGUUACGUAACAAGCAUCAGGGGAAAGAGAAUUGAUGAUUUCUCUCAUUUAUAACAGUGUUCAAUAAUUAUAUUUUUAAUUGUAAGGGGCGCUUUAAAUCUCAAGAAAAGUAUUUAAGGCUCCCCAAUGACUCUGCAACAAAACUUACAUCUAUAGGUCCGUCAUGAUCCAUUUAUUGUUCGAAAUGCAAACAAGAAAUUUGUAAAUAUGGAAAACAAUCUUAGGUAACCAACACAGAAUAAGGCCACAGUUAUACUUCAUUUUUAAUCAUAUGAAGCUAGGCACUGC